AUGGCCUUCAGGCAAAGGAGCCAAUCCCGUCAGGGCUCUGCUGGGGAACGAGAGGAGCAUCCAUGCCCCUCUCGGGACCAGGAAGGUCCUGAGCCCCUGCCCCUUGUGAUCCUGUAUGAGAAGAUAGAUGAAUUGGUGGAUUUCCUGCUGGUCAAGUAUAGAAAAAAGGAGCUUACUGCCAAAGCAGAAAUGCUUUACGGCAUCAUGAAGGAUUACCAGGAGCACUUUCCUCUGGUCUUCAGGAAAGUCUCUGAUUGCUUGUACAUGGUCUUUGGCAUAGACGUGAAGGAAGUAGAUCCCCCUGGGCACAUAUAUGUUCUUAUGCCUGUCCUGGGUCUCACCUAUAAUGAGAGAGUGGGUGAUGACUUCAUCCUUGCCAAAACUGGCCUCUUGAUAAUGAUUAUAACUACAAUCUUCAAGAGAGGCAACUGUGCCAGUGAGAAGGUCAUCUGGCUUGCACUUAAUAGAAUGCAGGUGUAUGAUGGGGUGGAGCACUUCAUCUAUGGGGAGCCCAGGAAACUCAUUACCAAGGAUCUGGUGGAGGAAGGGUAUCUAGAGUAUCGCCCAGUUCCCCACAGUGAUCCUGCUUGCUAUGAGUUCCUGUGGGGCCCAAGGACCCAUGCUGAAACCAGCAAGAUGAAAGUCCUGGAGCAUUUGGCCAAGGUCAAUAAGAAAGAUCCAUGGUCCUACCCACUUAUAUAUGAAGAGGCUUUCAGAGAGGAGCUCGAGGCUGCCCAAGCACAACGUGUAGUCAGGGCCCCUGAGGGAGCAAGGUGCAGGCCAGGGACAGGGCGUGUCCGGAAGCCACGUCACUAGCUCAGCU